AUGAAUGCUGUCAGGUCUGCGCGCCCAAGGGCUGCGGUGAACGCAGCAGUUGCCCGCCUCGCCACCAGCAGCAGAGGCAGGAAAAUUGUCCGAGAUCCCAGAAAAGCAAAGCAACGGCCGCGGGCCUCAACGGCACUCGAGGAAGUGCGAGAAGAAGAGCGCGCUCCAGCCCCACCGAAGUUCCAGCCCUUUCUUCAGCAAGACCCCGCGCCGCAGAGCUUCGGGAGCAGCAUGCUGCAGUCCAUGACGUGGGGUGUUGGCAUGGCUCUGGCAUUUACCGCCGUGGGCAUGAUGUUCCGGUGAAAACACCAGACCCUCGCCGAAAGACUUGCACGCAUCCAACUCUGUUGCUCUGUGGGCGUCAUCGGAUAGCACGGCACCUCCAACAAGGCGCGAAGUGGCUGAUGUUUCGCCCCGUGUGUUCCCAUAGAAAAAGGCCGCUCCCUGUGGUAAUCAGGCCGUCCAAGGUGUUCGAGGCGCAUCCAGAUCUGAUGAUUUUCACGCUCGCAGGAGAAUUUGUACCGGGUGGUUCUAGAGGGGGGGGGGGUUGAGGGAUAAGAAGGGAAGCGGACACAAACGGCGGCGGGAGGCAAGUUCGCCUUGCUCGGUAAAGGCGUGGUGCGACCCCCGCCCAUGGUUCUCGUUGCGUGGCCGCGGCGACGCAGGGUGAGUAGUCGGGGAUGUCGCGUCCCCAUACAAGGCGCGUUCCCUCUACACUGUUUGGGAUGAGGCCAUCCAAGGCGCUCGAGGCGCAUCCAGUUUUGAUGUCCCGGCAGGAACUUUCUCGCAAGCUCGAAAAGAUUACGUACCGGAUGGUUCUAAAGGUUUUUUUUUAGGGAUAUAAAGGGAAGCGGG